UAUAAAGUUUUAUUUAAAAAAAUACAAAAUUUUAUUAAAAUAAUACAAAAUCACAAUAAAGCUUCCCGUCAAUCUACAUAUCCAAAGAGUACAAAGUUGACAGUCGAAGAAUUUAAAGCACAAUGGAAGUGGUGAAAAAUUUGGUAUAUGGCAAAAAGGGCGCUCAAGAGUCGAAUUAUGAGAAUGUGCAGCGUGAAGUAAACUUAGGCGAGGAGCUACGUCGCCUCAUGCACAGACGGGAUAUUCAGGAAACAAUGGAAUCUGCUGCACCUUUCUUCGUAAGUGCCGCUGUAGCCUGGCCGUUGGUGUGGUUGUAUCGCGGUUGGGAUUGGCAUACAAAGAAGGGCAAGGAGACACUGCCGCUUUACAUCAGAAAGACUUUCUUUCAAGCGAAAGCAAUACAACUCGCAGUGCUGGCUAUGGGCCUGAGUUACAUCAUCGGCAAUACAUCGACACGCAAUAUUUAG